UGUAAACAAAUGACUAGAGCGAUGGAGAACGUGUGUCAGUGUUGCAAGCUGCGUCCGGGCUUGUCCGUCAAACGUGGUGGCUCGUUUACCAAAAUCAUUUGUCUCCAGUGCCUGCAUUUGGACACAUUUGGCACCAGGCAUAACGCACCAAGCCCCGAAAACUCAAUUAAGGACAAGGUUCACGUAGAACACUCCAUAGACAGAGAGGACGAAACGCCAGAGCAACCUGUACAUCAUCAGCAGAUCCCAGAAGAGUUUCUUGUGGAGCACAUUCUAAUUAAGAAAGAGGUUCCCGAGGAAAACCUUCCUGGGGAGCAUCCCGCAAAUAAAGACGUGAUCCUCACACAGGAUUCCACAGCUAAGGAGGAGAUUCUUGAGGAGAACCCCGUAAUUAAGGAGGAGGUUCUUGAAGGGGAAGACAUGCAGGGAGAAUACUUUAUAAUAACAGAAUGUCUGGCAGAGCCAGCAAACGGAAGCUGUCGGGUUUGCUUGGAACAGUCCGACCAUUUAACCAAUAUAUUUGAUGACGCGCAGGAGUCCGGCAUUCCGAUUGCCACUACAAUAUCUCAGUACACAGGAAUGCCAGUUGAGAAAGGCGACUCAUUUUCUGAAUAUAUUUGUGUAACUUGCCUGCGUGAUAUGCAGAAUGCAUCCGACGCUCUACAGUCUGAAGAAAAUACCAUCCAGAUGAACCGACAAACAAAUGAAGAGAUCAAGAUAGAUGAAAAGCCACCUCACAGAUGCCCUCAAUGUCCAAAGAUAUUCUUACUCGCCGCCAAACUGCAUGCUCACAUUCGGACGCAUAAUGAAAAGCGUAUCACAGAGCCUCCACGGUUAAAAUGCCCCAAGUGUCCAAGCAUUUACUUGAAACGCGGAUGUCUUGAAGCUCAUAUGUGGAUUCAUAGGCCGUAUAAUGAAAGAGAAUCGGAGUUGGAGCCACCGUACAGGUGCCCGCACUGUCCAAAAGUAUUCCUUUAUGCCAGCUUUCUUCAAAUUCACAUCCAGACACAUGAGGUUAUAUCCAAGAGACUCUGUCGUAAAUCAUCGCACAAGUGCGCGCAGUGUUCAGAGGUAUUCUCAGACGUGUCCAGUCUGAAGAAUCACGUAAGGAACCACAAGGAACAAAUAAUGUUUAAAUGUCCCCUCUGCAUGAUGUCGUUUCCAGAAGAAAGCAAUCUAAAUAAUCACGACUGUGCUCACACUCGUUUCAAGUGCCACAAGUGUACCAAGUUUUUUCAAAGUCAGGAUUAUCUAGAUUGUCACUUCAAGAAAAGUCACACGACGAAAGGACCGUUCAAGUGCAUAAAGUGCCAGCAAACUUUUGAAAAGAGCAGCGCUCUUAAAGAACACAUCAAAUCGCAGGUUUGCAUACCAUUUCGCCGAAGUAAGUCACCGGGACAAAUAUUCCCUUGUCCCAAAUGCCCGAAAAAAUUUCGCUUUGAAGAUAAUUAUCAAGCGCACCACGCCACGCACAAUAAAUUAUUGAUUGCUGUCGAGAAGUACAACUGUACACAGUGCGAAAAGUCCUACCAACACCAGAAACUCCUCACCAAGCACAUUUUGAGUCACAAUCGAUGUCUCCACUGCCCGUUGUCCUUCACGAGCAAAUAUCUUCUAAAGCAGCACACACGUACCCACAAAAAUCAAUUAAGUGGGAGAAGGAAGCGCAGAAAUCGAAGUGUGAACUACAAAGAAUGCGAGGAGUCAAUCGAAGUUGAUUAGGAUAUGCUAUAUGAAAACACCAAAAACCAAAUAAACACAAAAGAUUUGAA